AAAUCCUGACGUGUACUUCGUCAAAUAAUCCUGAAAAAUUCUUAGUUUCAUGUUGUUUACCAGCAUACGCAGCCAUGUCGGACACUGAAAGGCCAGUGGAUGUCAGUGGACCUACAGAGGAGAGACAGGAUCGCGGGGCGGACGGUGAUGGGACCGCCGUGUCUGAACGCGAAGCAUAUUUUCAGGCCCUGAGAUUAUGGAUCCAGCAGGCACAGAUCUACCAGAACCUCUCGACAUGUUUUCCCUACUACAUGAUGACAUUUCAGGGCAUGCAGAACAAUCCUACGAAUGUCCCGUUGCUCAAUAACAACUAUCAGUUUCACGCGCAGCAAUUCCCUUUUCAAGUGCCAAAUGCUGCAAGGAACGAUAAUCAGACGCCAAAUGAAGGUCUCUCUCCAAGCGAAGUAAUUGGCCGUCACGGAGGCUAUGAGUAUGUAAUACCUCCAUUAUAUAAGAGGCUUUUUGCAGAGUUUAUUGAUUUUAUUCUGCUGUUUAUACUGAAAUUGAUAGUCACCUUUAUGGCAGUUGAUAUGUUUGAACUGAUGUAAGUAUAGCGAGUAUUU